UUUUAUAAGAAAAGUACAGAAAAGCUGGUCUCCCUUGCCAGUGGAGAACUUCAUCAUAUUGUCGGGAUCUUCACUGUCGGACCAUUGAGAAUAAAGAAGAGGCCAUCUUCUUCCUUCAUAAAGAAUAUCCAUUAGGUAUAUGGACCUCCCCAGGAUUGAAAUUUGUCCAGUACUCACUGGCGUAGCCAUACCUGCUACUGAAUGCAGAGAGACUUCUGGUCGAGUGGUUCAGACCUGCUGCUCAGAGCCCCUAGUAAUCCCCCAUGGACCUGGCUCCCCUUCCUCUCUGCCCCAUGAUCCAGCAACUGAAGGGUUAACCCCUGACGCAGCUGGAGGCCUCUGGGACCCAUUUGGAGCUGGUGGUUAAAUAUUUGGAACAGUACCCCUGGACCGCCCCAGUGCCAUUGCUUAUUCCUAAAAUGCUGGAUUCAAGCAAUACCUUUGCGUUGUCAAGACAUUGCACCAGUCUCUAAGGAACAACUUCAGCUCUCCCACUGGAAGCGUCUUUCAGAGCAGAGUGGGCAUCCGGCCACACGGGCCUUUGGGAUUUGGAACAACCCAAGAUGUGCUUCUCUGCCUCGGGCCUCUUGUGUCACAUGUGGCACAGCUGUGAGUCGAGGUCCUGACCCCCUUCCCCCAGAAUUGGAAGAGCCCUUCCUGUCUGAAGAUGAACUCCACCGAGCCCCUUGAGGAUGCUCCCAACGGCACGUUGCUGCGCGCGCCUCGCUCCCAGGGAGGAAACGGCACCGCCGUCCCGGGGGACCUCCAGCACCUCAUGCACACGGCCACUCUGGUCACCUGUACUUUCCUGCUGGCGGUCAUCUUCUGCCUGGGCUCUUACGGCAACUUCAUUGUCUUCUUGUCCUUCUUUGAUCCAGCCUUCCGCAAGUUCAGAACCAACUUUGAUUUCAUGAUCCUCAACCUGUCCUUCUGUGACCUCUUCAUCUGUGGAGUGACCGCCCCCAUGUUCACCUUCGUGCUCUUCUUCAGCCCCGCCAGAAGCAUCCCAGAUGCCUUCUGCUUCACCUUCCACGUCACCGGUUCGGGCUUCAUCAUCAUGUCCCUCAAGACCGUGGCGGUGAUCGCCCUGCACCGGCUCCGCAUGGUGCUGGGGAAGCAGCCCAAUCGCACCGCCUCCUUUCCCUGCACCGUGCUUCUCACUCUGCUCCUCUGGGCCACCAGUUUCACUCUGGCCACGCUGGGCACGCUGAAAACCAGCAAGUCCCACCUCUGCCUUCCCAUGUCCAGUCUGACGGCCGCAGAAGGGAAAGCCAUCGUGUCUCUGUACGUGGUGGACUUCACCUUCUGCGUGGCCGUGGUGUCGGUCUCCUACAUCAUGAUUGCGCAGACGCUGCGGAAGAACGCUCAAGUCAGGAAGGGCCCCCCCGUGGUCACCGUGGAUGCUUCCAGACCGCAGCCUUUCAUGGGGGCCCCCGGGAAGGGAGGGGGAGAUCCCGUGCAGCGUACCGUGCCGGCUCUCUACAGGAACCAGAAUUACAACAAGCUGCAGCACAUUCAGACCCACGGAUACGCCAAGAGUCUUAACCAGGUGCCCCCCCCGGCGGCCAGCCGGCUCCAGCUCGUGUCGGCUGUCAAUCUGUCCACGGCUAAGGACUCCAAGGCGGUGGUCACCUGCGUGAUUAUUGUGCUGUCCGUCCUGGUGUGCUGUCUCCCCCUGGGGAUUUCCUUGGUGCAGGUGGUCCUGUCCAGCAAUGGGAGCUUCAUCCUCUACCAGUUUGAACUGUUUGGAUUUACCCUUAUAUUUUUCAAGUCAGGGUUAAACCCUUUUAUAUAUUCUCGGAACAGCGCGGGGCUGAGAAGGAGAGUACUCUGGUGCCUCCAGUACAUCGGCCUGGGUUUUUUCUGCUGCAAACAGAAGACUCGACUUCGAGCCAUGGGAAAAGGGAACCUGGAGGUCAACAGAAACAAGUCGUCCCAUCAUGAAACAAAUUCCGCCUACAUGUUGUCUCCAAAGCCCCAGAAGAAAUUUGUGGACCGGGCUUGUGGCCCAAGUCACUCGAGGGAAAGUGUGGUCAGUCCCAAGAUCUCUGCUGGGCACCAGCCCUAUGGUCAGAGCAGCUCAACCCCCAUCAACACCCGCAUCGAACCGUACUAUAGCAUUUAUUACAGCAGCCCCUCCCAGGAAGAGAGCAUGCCGCCGAACUUACCGCCAGUAAACUCUUUGGGAUUUGCCAAUUCCUAUAUUGCCAUGCAUUAUCACACCACUAAUGAUUUAAUGCACGAAUACGACAGCACAGCGGCCAAGCAGAUCCCAGUGCCCUCCGUGUAGUGUCCUGGAGGCUGGAGGCUCUUGGGCAAACUGUUGGUGUUUCGGAUACUAACUGAUUUCUUUUUCACUUUUGUGAGACCAGCGGUAGAUGAAAACGUCAAGAUUCAGCAGAACAGUUGGCAGUUAUGAUCGUCUUCUGUCUCAAGUAUUGGCAUCUACUGAUUUGUGGUUUCCUGACAUUUUAAGAUUUGAUGUAAAAAUUUAUAAUUUAGCUUUUUACCCUGACCUGUGCUCCGAUCUUUGGUACUAAACUUUUAAAUAGAUGCCAGGAAUGAUCAUGCUAGUGUAUUCAAGGAGAAUGAACUGAUUGUGACCAUCUGAGUCCGUGUUCGGGGUCUCUGAAGUACACCUGAGCUGGAUUUUUUAAACAAUGUGAAGGGAUGAUCUUCACUGAGGUGAAUUUUUUUAUUAAUUGAACUAUAAAUUUUGAUUCUUUGAAGUGUUCAAAUGGGGAACAAUACACUUUUUUUGGUAGCAGGCUUAUCUGAAUAAAUAAUAUAUUGUCAAGGCAGAAAAUCAGAAAUACAUUCUUGGUAAUUACUUACACAGGACACACACAGGCUUUAGGUACUUUGCUUUCCUAAGACAGUCCACCAAGUAUUAUGAUUACUACCAUUUCUUAUGAUAGACACUAUUACUUUGUGGGAAUUGACUAGCUGUAUAGUUUUUGUUUUUUUUUUAAAGAAGUAUGUUUUUGCGGGGCGCCUGGGUGGCUCAGUUGGUUA